CAACAGUGGGUUUAUCUAAUAGCAAGAUGGCAUUACAGCUGUGAUUGAGUGUCCUUAUCUAUCUACAUUCAUGUGCUUAUGGUUUGGUUGAACUUAAUGGCAGUGUUGAGGUUGUGCUGUAUUUAAUUUUUGUCUCAGAUGGUAGUGCAGGAUACACUUUCAUUUUUCUCUUUCAUCUCAGUUCUUUUUGUUUACUCUAUUAUUCUCCAUUUUUUACACUCUCUGACCUGCCUUUAUCUCUGUCUCUUGGUGAUCACAUUUUUUUUUUUUAUUUGUUAGCCUCUACGAACUUGUGUGCUGGUCUUUCUGGCCGGCAUGGGAGAUAUUCUAAACUUAGUGCCCAUGCCCCAUACUCAAGUUACAGGCUUUCCCUCUCUAUUCAUGGACAGUGACACACAUCCCCACUCUAACAAAUGGACAUAUGAUUUAUAACAGACUUUUAAGACAUUUUGUUUAAUAAAGCAUAAUCAUAACACUAAAAUGACUAACAACUAACACCUUAUGAUUAAUCGUGUAUUAUUAGAUUAUGACAGUAGAAUGCUAUUACACAUAAUGUGUGAGAUGCUCUUCUAGACAUAUACACAGCUGCUUUGUGCAGUUGCUCUUACGAUGCACAUAGAAUAAAACCUCCAUUUACAGUGUACUAAAGCCACUAGGUGAUGCUGGAGAGCUGGCUUGUUCCUCUCAUCCCUUCCUGCUGGAAGUUUACAAAGGAAAUUGGGUGAAAAUAAUCUGGAUCUGUUGGCAUCAGGACUGCUGAGCCCAUAGCACAGCCAGACAUCCUGGCAUGGACAAUGUGGAGCUGUCAGCCUAAAUACUGUUCACCCAGACAGGAAAACUACAGAGAAUUAGAAAGGAGGAGAAACACAAUUAGAAAAAAAUGGCAAACAUCCAGGGAUAUAAAGACAUUAUAAUUAUAUAAUUAUAAAGACACUGACUGUUUGGCAGUGGUCUUUUGUUCAUGUUUGUAGGACAUUCAGGGGCAGAAUACUUACUUUGCAGAAGCCCCCCCCUGGGAUAAAGAGCCACUGACCAACCCACACAAGCAUACCAGCAGCAACACGCUCUUUGUAUAUUACAUUUGCAGACCAGCCAGAGAGAGAGGGUGAAAGAGUCAGAUGCAGAGAACAGAGAAGUUAAAGAGUAGACUAAAUGCUCAAAAAUGCAGAUGGAUGCAAAGAGAGUAAGAUUAAUGAAACGAAAAAAUAGUAAAUAGAAAAGGAGACUUUCUAAUUAGCUAUUCCGCUGGCUAAUACCCAGCACAGUUUAAGUGGAUCUUUCUUUGAAUGGGAGACAUUUAUCUGUGGAGUAAGCGAGUUUGUUGUCCACAUCAUGGCAUGCUGCUGCUGUCCAGCUCCGUGUCUGAGAAACUGCUUCUUGCUUUCAGGUUGGUCCCAUAAAUUUUUGCAAUGAAAUGGAACUUACACAGGCAGACAUCAGUUCAUUUCCAUGAAAUAUGGGUAAUAGACCAACCAAUGAAGAUAUAUCAACUCCUGAGCUCAAUACGUUAUGGGAAGAGCCCCCAUAUGCACUAACAAGAGCCAAUGAGCUCUUUCCAGGAAAUGAUGUCAUGGCCACUGGGAGCUUUCCUCUGUUUGGCACAGGAGAUGAGGAAGUGGAAACAGAGGCUGAGGUGGAGGGUGAGGGGAUCACUGGUGAGAAUUACUGGAAGAGGAAGGAAGCUCUCAGCAAUGUCUCCUUGGCUGUAGGAGAUCACUUCUCUUCAGAUGUGAUAUUGCUGUUCAGUGGGAGAAAGCGCUCCAAUUUGGAGCCGGACAGUGUGCUGCAGGAGGCACUGCGCACUAGACUAAGGGUCGUAGAGAGCAACAGCCAAGAUGUUAUUCAGCUUUUUAAAGAUCUUUCUGCACGCUUGGUUUCAGUACAUGCUGAAAAAGACCAUUUUGUUAUUACCUUUAAGACAGUGGAGGAAAUCUGGAAGUUCUCCACAUACCUGGCUUUAGGAUAUGUAGCAAGGUGCUUGGAGAACUUCCUGUGUGACCAGUCUUUCUGGCUGGACCCUCUUUUGCUCAGUGAUGUGGAGAUUUGUGUGACGGUAGAUGAGGAACACCUAGCCACACUCUAUCUGGGGCUCCUACUUCAAGAAGGUUCAUUCUUUGCUAAAGCUCUGGUUAACAGUGAGCAGUGUAUAGAGGAAGAAGACGAAUUGGUCUACAAGAAGAAUGACCUUGUUAUGGUGAAGGAUAUUGGACAGCAGUCCAUGUGGGAGGGAACACUACUGUCUACCGGUCAACAUGGCCUAGUGCCUGUUCAUGCAAUGCAGCCUCUGCCCUACCCUUUUUACCAGUGGUUUCUUAGGAAGUACCAUGGCAAUGCAGGAGGGUUUUCAUCCACAAAAGGACAAAGUGACCAACGUAUAGUAACAGGAACUUGUGUAGCAGUAGUGGACCAUUACCCAGUGGUUAAAGAUGAACUGCACUUCAGACAAGGAGAUCUGAUAGAGGUUGAAGGCUUGCUUAUUAGCUCACUGAACACGUUCAUUGGGAGACACCUCACUAGUGGACAGAUAGGAUUUGUCCACAUGGCCCACGUGAGACCUGAAAAUGUCAAACCACUCAGUGGACAAUUGGUCUUUCUGAGUGAGGAGGAGAGAGUGGCUCUCUCGCAGUUUAACCCAUGCGUUGAGCAGUGCCACACUGGUCUGUUGGACAAACUCUUCUCCACUGACAUCAGCACUGUUUACAGAUUAGACAGACUGGAUGACUCAGAUUUUACCUAUAUUAGAAACCAACCAAAGCAAGAACAGAAAACCCCAGUAGAUGCCAGGAAGAGUGUUAUACUGGAACAUAGUGAUACCCCACCCUAUCACUCCUCCCCUCGACCUUCCUUCUAUGCUUCUCAGAGUUGUCUGGACAGGGACCAUGAAGCCUUCUCCUUCAGCCUGGAGGACACUUUCAGAGAGAUGGAUGAGUAUGAGGAAGAUCCCCCCUUUAUGGAUGAAGGCAUCUGGGAAACAGAAGAAGCUGAGUUUGUUGACCCCAUCUUAACCCUCCUCAACCUGGACCACUUCCAGGACUCUUUUCAUGCACUUUAUGACCUCUCCUACUCCUUCUUGGACACAGUCUUUGGUGGUCUUCCGGUGGAUGAGGUGCUCCUGCAUCUGGAGAGCUUGCGGGAAGGAGCAAAGAAAGGCAGGAUGGUGUGGGCCCAUCGGCGAGCCUGCUUCCUUCUGGGCAGGUUGUGUGCCAAAAAGCUCAAGUACUCACAGGCUCGAGUUUACUUUGAGGAGGCACUGAGUGUCCCUGUAGAGGGCUUUAAUGACAAACCUCUGUUGAUUGCCCUGUAUACCAACCUUACAGCUGUGUACCUGAAGCAGAAGAUGACAGACAAGCUGCCUUAUACAUUAGAGAAAGCAAGUGCUCUUAUACUGUGCCUCCCAUUGCAUAACUUCUGCUCUCUUGAUGAGUUUGAAUUGCUCAAGCCCAUUCUACUCAAAGCUAUUGUGGACAAUGAUAAGCAACUUGAGGCACGGACUUGCUAUCUAAUCCUCUGUCUAUUUUUACAGAACAGAAAGAUUGAGGAGGCCUUGCCUUUUGUGGAAAGACUUCAGUUCCUCAAUCUCACUCUCUCAGCAGAACAACGAAGGCCUAUAGGGCCAGUUGACCUUAACUGGAUACUAUGCAGGCUCUACCACAAGAAGUAUCUGCCACACCUUGCAUUAGCCUCUCUCAGUCUAGAUUCAGGUCGGGAUCAUUCUUUGGAUAAUGCCUUUCAAAAGAUUGAACUUUUCCUGAAAAACUCAGUCAGACUGAAUCCUCGUUGGAAGGAUGGCUCUGCUCUGCUCCCAGUCCAGGUGGUAGUUUACCUUCAGCAGGCAUUGUCUAUAGCCAACCGUGGAGAACACCUGAAGACCCAGAGAGAUCUUUGUCUGAGUUUGGCCAGUGUCUACCAGCAGUAUGGAACUUUGGAAAGGGCAGUCCUCUGUGCCCAACAAGCAGUUCAGGCAGGGAUAGGCAUUAAUGAGGAGGAGGGCUUUGAGGCAUCAGUGUUGCUGGCCUGGCUCUUAGUGCUCUCAGAGGAACCGGAUAGAGCCCAAUCUACUUUGCAACCUCUUCUUAACUCACUGAACAGAACAGACAGUCCAACACAGCGUGGAGUGGUCCACAAUCUACUUGCGCUAUGUCUUCACAAACAGGGGAAGGUCAGAGAAGCAGCAAGGGACUUUCACUGUGCUCUCAAGAUUUCACAGGAAAAUGGGAACAAGCAUAAUGAAGCUCUGGCUCUAGCUAACCUGGGGUGCCUUGCCUUAUCAGUGGGGGCUCCAGGCCUGGCAGAGAGUUUCUUGCUCAGAUCUCUGCACCUUUUCCAGUUUCUUUCUGAGAGCCCCUCAGAUGAAGAGCAUGUUCAGACUCUGCUAUGGCUAGGUAGAAGCUACAAAGAUAGGGGAGAAAGUCAAAAGGUUAGGCUGUGCUAUGAGAUGGGUCUUCUGAUUGCCAUCAGUGCCAAGAACCUGCACAGUCAGAUGGUUGUAGCAAAGGUGCUCAGUCGUCUAUAUGCUGACUUAAUGUUGUAUGGGCAAUGUAUAAUUUACUACGAGCACUGUGUGGGACUCUCCAGAGAAAUGAAGGAUAAACGUCUGGAGGGAGAGUACCUGGAGAUUCUCAGUAAUCUCUACCUAUCACUUAACACUGAGAAGUCCUCACUGAAGUCUCUGGAUUACACCAAGCAAAGUCUAAGGAUUUCCAUAGACUUAGGAAAGAAACAGGAAGAGUCAGAGACAUGGCUACAGGUGGGCCGUAUCUACUACUUGAUCCAUGAGGAUGAAUUGGCAGACAUGUAUCUUCAGGCAGCUGUAAAGACAGCUCUAAGGAUAAAUGAUCCAUGCUUUGCUAUGAACAUUUAUGAAGAGGCUGGAGAUGUCUUCUUCAGUGGACACAGACACCGACUGGCUGCCGUUUCAUUUUUUAGAGACGGGGGGCUGCCAUUUGCAAAAUGUAUUAAGGAUGUGCAUUCAGAGUUCAGGCUUUUGUGUAAGCUCUCUGAAUUGCUGCUGAAGGAAGGUCAGCACCAGGAGGCCCUGCAGUAUGCGACACUUGCAGUGCACAUCAGCACCUUAACUGGUGUACGCCUGAAUGAGAGGGUGUCCUACCAUCGCCUGGCCUCAAUUUACUUCAAUCUGGAGCAGUAUGAGAUGGCUGAGAAUUAUUAUUUGAAGGCUCUGUCCCUCUCUCCCACUGCACUGGAACAUGCAGAAGAGGCCCGCUACUAUGUUAAAGUUUACUGCAGACUAGCUGAUCUAACCCUGCACAAGAUAAAGGAUCCUUUUGAUGCCAUGGGAUAUUUCCACUUAGCCCUGGCAGCAGCUCUGGAAGAUGGAGGAAGCCUUCAAGCCAGGUACAUAAUUUACAUGAAGCUGGCAGAGAUCCACGCUAACUACUUACCUGAUGUGGAGCUGAGCCAGAGAUAUAUGGACAGUGCACGGAGCCUAAAGAGGGAGCUGGCAGGACACACAGACUCCAGUGACACAGAUGACGAAUAUAUGAACCAUGCUGCUACAGAGUAUGCUGAUACUAAGUCGAUCAGUCAUUCCAGUGAUGGGUCAAGGAGCUCAGACUUCAGCAGUAGAAGUAGUACUCUUGUAGGCUCCUACAUAAUGGACACUAGCCAUACAAUAACUGCUCAGAAGGAGAGUGGGACAGAGGCUGUUCCUGCUGAUUACAUCUGCGGAGAGGAUAUGGACAUCUGUAACCCGGAAGGGACUGACGGUGGGCUUGGACAGCAUACAAAUUCUGAAAUAAGGCACACUAAUCAAAGACUCCAUACCAGCCACACAGAUUCUAGCUUACUAUGUACAGAAUUUUGAUCAUCCUACCCGCACCCCGAAGGCACUUCCUUAUGGAUAUGAAAUAUUUAAAUAUGUUAAUUCAUGUAUCUUGUUCAUGUACUUGAUUCUUCCUCCAAAUACAGGGGAAAUGUCUAUUGUUAAAGUACUCUGAUUUUUUUCAGGGCAAGAGCACUUAUGUAUGUAAAUAUUCUUGUCAGUUUUUUUUUUUUGUAUAUUAUAAUUAUUACAUCUAAUUGAAAAUCUUUUCCUUUUUUUUCUACUUUUUGAAGAACUUAUUUGAAGAUGACUUAUUAAAGUCUAAUCAAUCCCUA